CUCAUUGGCUGUCGGUGAUAAUCGGUCAACAAGGGGACCGGGGCAGACAUGAGGGCACAGGGCACCAUGUCCACAUCCACUCCUACUGGCCUAUAUUAGUCAUCCUCAAUACUUUUUAUCAUACGUUUUAUUUGAAUCUCAGCGAUCCGGACUCAUUUCAAAGGCCGACGACGAUAAUGCUUUUCUGCCGGGGAGCGAGGCUUUCUGCAGCGGCAUUAGAUCAAGCUCUCAAAACACCGGGUUUAUUAUUUCAAGUGCGAGGCAAACCAAGCGGACCCGGGGACAUUACAUGGACAUUACGCAAUGACUACACGUUUCAGUGCUGCCGGGCUGUGUGUGGAUCAGCCGGGGGCGCCGAUACACCUCUGUGGCGCCAUGGGAGACGAAAGAGGGACCUGCUCGCUGACCAGAGCUGGGACUCCUCAUCUGCUUUCAUAAUCACAGACCGGGGACACUUGGGCCGGGUGGCUGCUAUUGCUCUGAGCUUCUCCAAAAGUCAGCGAAGUGUGGAUGUUUCGCGUGGUUUCGGGUAUCCAGUGGUUCACGCACACCGGCACCGCGGCAGAGCAGCGGUAGAAGCGGCGGGUGGUGUUUUGUUUUCAGGCGGAGGGCAGCUCAUCUGCAGCCCGACGACGACCAUGCAAACCAGAGCGUCAUCCACGGCGGCAGCCACGCAGAAACGCGACGCGGACGCCGGGCAGACGAGCUCUGACAGCAAGAAAGGGGAGGAGCAGAAUUUAAAGGAGCCCUCUACCAGCUCCUCCUCUGUCCCGAAGGCCCCGAGAGAGACGGAGCCAGAGGAUGGCAAACCCAACAAGACACAACAGCUAAAGAAGGUCUUCAAGGAGUAUGGAGCCGUGGGAGUCAGCUUUCAUGUCGGGAUGUCCCUCAUGUCCCUGGGAAUGUUCUACCUCCUUGUCUCGAGUGGGAUCGACAUGGCAGCGCUGCUGUGCAAGCUGGGCUUCAGCGAGGCAGUGGUUCAGUCUAAAAUGGCAGCAGGAACCAGCACAUUCGUCUUGGCCUAUGCCAUCCACAAGCUCUUCGCCCCGGUUCGCAUCAGCAUCACUCUGGUGUCGGUGCCUCUCAUCGUUCGCUACUUCAGAAAGACUGGUCUCUUCAAAACACCCUCGCCUUGAGUGCCCCCUCUCCUCUGCCUCUCCAAGCUACAAACACCUUGACUGUUGACGGUCCGACUUCAAACGCCCGUGUAGAUCCGUAGACUCAUUUGCCUUCGACUAAACUGCCUAAGCUUUCCUGUUGCCAUUUUGUAUUCAGGUGAAACAUUUCUGAUCUUGCUUCUACAUCAGUCGUGACAGAAUCCAGGUGUUUACUUGUGUUACUGUAGAAAGAAAAUGUGAAUAAGUGUAACUACUUUCUAAACUUCUUUCUUGACCAUUCUUUUGUGUUCAUUCCAAAACAAAGUUCAGAAAACAAGGACCCGAUGUGGUCUGAUAAUAUUUAUUUACAAUCAGAAGUAUGAUCAGGGAUUUUGAGUUUCAGUCUUUCUCUUUUUCAGUAGGUAGAGUUGGUUUGUUGCUCAUGGCGUGAUCAGCUCUACUGUCUCUUUAUGCUGUGAUGGUUUCCCCGGGGGAAUGUGUGGAAAAAGCUGAUUUCUCCACUGUUAGCUGACUUGGUAAUGUUCUGUUGUUCUGUGAAUCAGCACAAUAAUUCAGGUUCUUUCUCUCUAUUGUCUCUUUACUUUUGCUCAGGCUCUUUCUGUGUCCCUCUGCCCUUGCAUCUCCUACUUUUCUCCCAUUCUUCUCAAAUUCUCCUUCUUCGUAACCUUUUUAUCCCUUUUCUCCUCCUCCUCUUUGCUUCCUCUUUUGCUUCUCUCCCUCUUGUUCUUCUCUUUUCUAUUCUCCAAAUACCGAUGCAUAAGCAAUCGUUGCAAGUGCAUUCUUUUUUGAGUGAAGGUGGCAGUAGAUCAUUGCAAGCAUUGAAUAAAGACGACAUGUUUGUGACCUAUCCACAGUGUCCUCGCUACAGCAUUGUGGCCAUAAUUGGAUUGAAGUAUUUUUCAGUGGUGUGGAUUUGUAUUUAACUAUUAAAAGGGAGAUUCAACCUUUUACACUUGGUGUAUUCCUUGCGAUAACACACUAGCAUCACACAGUUAAAGGAAAUUUCAUUGUAUUUGAUUCAAGCUGUACCAGCUUUCACCCUGUAAGAAACUAAUUUAAGUUACCAAGGCUUCUUUCCACACAUUUUCUAUGCAGAGACAUGGAUCAACUGCCUUUAUCUUUUCAGGAUUACAGAUUUAUUGUUUUUCUUAUAUUGAUUUGUAAUAAAUAUCAUUGUUUCCCUCCU